CCAUACUUCUGUGAAGGACGGUAAUGCAUCAUUUAUUUGACAGUUGGUUUUCCUUUUUGUUGGGAUCACGAAUGUGUAGUAGUCUUGAGUAUGCGGGUUCUCAUAUGAAAAUCCAAGAAUUCUCCCUGUUAGGACUAGGAACUAAACCCUAUGCUCUGAAAAACACCUAUUUUGCACUACAUGAUGAAGUAUAUACUUCGUAGGUCGUCAACGUCGGUGAUCUGUGUCGAUGAUUUGGGGCUUAGUCUACCUGGAUAGGAAUGGCGUGACCUCCCAGCUUACUUAAGUAAGCUUUUCGAAUUCGAAAUCAGAUCUCGCGGUUCAUACUUAACGUUGACUACCCUUCAGUCUUAUCCAGGUACUAGUACCUGGGAGUCUCAUCAGCCCUUGUGGUCUAGUGUGUAACAAAAUCUCAGUACAGAUACAGAAGGCUCGUCUAGCUUUCGCCAACUUGUGUCAUUUAUGGCGUAGGCGACCAAAGGACGAGUUUACUGAGCGGCAGUUCGUUCCGUCCUACUUUAUGGCAGUGACAUAUAGACGUUAGGAAUGGCAUGGCUCAAAAUCGUAUGUAACGGGGAAGUUGCAUCCACUCUUUGCGUUCUGCCAAAUUCUAAUCUGAAUUAUUCAUGUCCCUUUCUAUUUUCAAAUUUAUUUCACUGGGUUAUACUGCUUGAAUAACAUCUUCAAACCCUAAUCUGUCGGGUUACUGCUUAUACUCUUACUACUUCUACCACUAUGGUAUUUGGAUCGACAACUGCAUCUCUGUGCUAAUGUGGUAUGGCAAAUCGAACUGAUGGACAUACGUACGAAGUUCUACAUUGUGACUGACUGAGGGUAAUAUGAAAAAGUUUGACUUUCUCAACCAUUCAGAUAAUCCAAUUAUCUCCUAGAUUAUGUAAGCAGCAGUCCUCUCCACUAUUUUCAGACGCUUCAGAUUUCAACUUCUUUAUUUCGCUCUUUCUGUUCAAACCAUGUUCUCAAUGUUAAGUUUUGGUAUCAGUAAUACUAAUAUUAUUUCAAAUUCUUUGUUAUUUACCUUGCCAAUUUCAUCUCUCUUUGUUAAUAUGAUGUAACAGUUCAGGUCAAUGCAUAUUUAUUCGUAAUCAUACUUUUAUUAUGACUCGCUGGGCCGUUUCAUUCCAAUGCAAAUACGUACAAACAGCAUGUAAUUGAUCAGUGAUAAUUCAGUGUAAAUUUCUCUGUCCAACAGGACCCGAAUAGCUCAGGUUUCUUCAUGACAUGUGGUGGUCAGUUCGAACUAUAAGAGUAGUAUCGUUACCCUCAAGAAUCCAAAUAUGUCUUGCUAAUGAGUAACAGCCAGCACAAAGUUCAAAUUUAGGAAUUCCUGCUAAUUACCUCCAAUCUAAUAAUAGUUUGUAACCAUCUGCUUCUUCUUAGUGCAGGUUAACAUUUUUCAACACUUCCUAAAAAAAUAGCAAAAUCAUACAGUUGAUUCCGGUUACGUGAAACAUGACGUUAUAUUAAACUUUUUACUUCAUGUUUCCUGAGUUUCAGUAAAGCAGACUUUAGUAAUAUUAGUGUUACGACGUAGUUGUUUACGUGCUUAUUUUAAACUUCUAAUUUAGAUGGAUACUGCUGAAAUUCUACUCUCACAAUUUCCGAAUCCUCAACAUCCAUAUGUUGCUAAAAGUGGUGCUUGUUCUUGGAAAGCCUGCCAAAAGUGGGAUCUGCAUUAUCUGUCAGGGAAAAUAAAAAGUAACUUGAAAUUUCGUCUGGCUAAAAGGGAAAGUAUCGAAGUACAGUGGGAGACAUCUUGUUCGUCUGUUAAUGCAACAUUAGCAGAAUUUAACGAGUGGAUAAACAGAGUAGACAGUAUGAGUAAUCCUUUUUCUAAGUACCCUAAAGAAUCUUGGUGUGCUUAUGCCGAUUACAUAUAUAUGAAUCAAUCACCUGAUUUUCAAGGUUUAGUCGAAGAUUUAUCAUUUCAAGAAUUGUUCCCGUUCCUAAAAAGUAAUAUCAGUCCAACAUUUUGGCUCGGAUCGUCUAAAGCUCAUACUAUUUGUCAUCGAGAUACUUACGGAGUUAAUCUGGUUGUACAAAUCAAGGGAUCCAAACGCUGGAUAUUAUUCCCACCUUCGGAUAACCCAUAUAUGUAUGAAACUCGAUUGCCUUUAGAAGAAUCUACUGUUUUUAGCAAAGUUAAUUUCACAUUACCCAACUGCAAAAAACAUCCUCUCAUACUAAAAACAACCCCUUAUCCUAUAACACUUUAUCCAGGCGAUCUUCUUUUUGUCCCAAGAAAUUGGUGGCAUUUUGUUGAAUCAUCAUCUGAAUAUGAUUUUACUUGUUCAGUAAAUUUAUGGAUUGACCAACCUUCACUUGAUAAUAAAGUACGCCUUAGAGAAUGUCUCACACAAUUAGUCGGCUUCUCUUUAUUAUCUAGUUGUGAUGUUAGUGAUCAUAAAGUUUUAUUACAUCCAUCUGAACAAGUAACAUAUGAAAAUAAGUUUUGGUUUAAAAAACUAUUGGAUUAUCUGCAUAUACUUUUUCAUCAAAAUCCAAAUGAAUCAUCUUCCAAAGAAGAGGAGAAUGUAGAAGAACCUCAAAAACAAGCUAGAUUUUCUAAUAUUAUCAAUUGGACACCUUUAACUUCAGAAAAGCUAGAUAGUUUAUUUACUAUUUCACAGGAAAAUGCCACAUCCGAUGUUGUUAAUGCUCCUAACUUCGAACAGAUUGUAGAUGCAUUCAUGAAACCUGAUGUUAUUGAAUUAGUUGCAAAAUACCUUGAAAAAGAUGUUGUAAAUAAAGAUUUGUAAAUAAGAAGCAUUUGCUUAGUUCUUUUCUUUUAUGCUACACCUUUUAUUCGCCAUUGUUCAUUCAUUUCUCAUUUAUUUUUAGGUAGAUAAUUAUAUAACUACUU